AUGACCAACGCAGUGGAGGACUCUGGUCCUAGGGACCUGCUGUUCCUACUGAUCAGCACCUCGCGGUUCAAUCGAUACAUGCCUUAUUACACGAUGAUGGCUGCUGUAUGGGCCACUUUCAUCGCCGGCGCUCUCAAAUUACAACAGGAUCCCGAAAGCCUUUCGAUCGAGUUCAUUUUGUACAAGGCCGGUCUCUGUUUCGUCCACUGUCUGCUGCUUUGCGGUGCUGGAAACACAUGGAACGAUCUUGUGGAUCGCGAUAUUGACGCCAGAGUGGCACGCACAAAGAUGCGGCCUUUGGCAUCUGGAAAGGUCACUCUCACUGAGGCACUUCUUUGGAUGACCGGUCAAUAUUUCCUGUCUGUCAAAAUGCUGGAUCUCAUUUUGGAUGGACGAAACAUCUGGACCCUCAUGCUGCCAUUGACCGCCAGCAUCAUGCUUUACCCCUACCUGAAGCGACCCAUCUUCAGCAAGGUCUUCGUUUACCCCCAAUAUAUCCUGGGUCUUGCUAUUGGUUACCCCGCCAUCACGGGGUGGGCUUCGAUCACCGGCAGCGAGGAGCCCCUUGGUGACAUCAUCAAGCAUUGCAUCCCAAUCUGUCUUCUUGUCUUCUUCUGGUGUGUGUACUUCAACACCGCAUACAGCCACCAAGAUAGCGUCGAUGACCGCAAGAUGAACAUAAAUUCUGCCUACGUCAUUGCCGGUCAGCGCAUUCGACUGUUCCUUGCCUUUUUGAGUGUUCUGCCACUUCUGACCAUCCCAUACAUCAUCUCUACGAUCAACUCGCCGUGGUUGUGGGUCUCCUGGAUGGCUACCUGGACUGUUUCCAUUGUUAUGCAGAUUGCUCAGUUCGAUUCGCAGAAGCUUGAAAGUGGUGGUCGUAUCCAUUGGGACAACUUCCUGCUGGGAUUGUGGACGAUCGUUGCUUGCAUGGUUGAAGUCGGAUUGCAGAAGGUGGAAUUCUGGAAGAAUGUUGAGGGGUACAUUAAGCUUUGA